AUGGCUCAGUUGCAGCAGUGGCAGACGCGGUGGAAGGAGUUGCCGCAGCCGCGCAAAAUUAAAGCCCUGCGGCUAGUCGUCUUCGGCUGCUACGCCCUCGCACUGCUGUUUUUGGUGAUCUACGCCUUUGGGGGAACGAAGAGGCGGGUUCGCGAGCCUGCGCGAGUGGUGGUGUUUAUGGAAACCACGCCGGGGGCCCUCAUGGCUCUGCGCUACCUUGCGAAGCGCGCGGAUGUCUCGAUUGCCAUGAUUGUGCUUACGGUGAAUGCGUGGGGCGUCAACCUCAACGCCGCCUACGACAACACCGUCGCGUUUCUCGCCAUGUUAAAGGCGGAGUCGGCCUUGAGGUACGAGGUCCCGGUGUACUACGGCAGCAGUGUGGCGCAGGUGAACGCCGGAUUUAACGACGCGAUUAUGUUCCCUGACGAUGGCAGCACGGCGCCCAACACAACCGCCUGUACCUACCGCCGUGUCAUUAGGCCGGGGCUUUCGUUGGCGGCCGACGCCCUCUUCGGUGCGUCUGAGUUGCUCGAUGGGGUCACUCUUUCCGCCCCCGGGAGUGGCCACGGCGGUGGCGGUGGACUUAGUGGACAGUACGAGUUUUUCGGCGCCCCGCUGGCGAGCUAUUUGUCAGACCACGCCGCCUCGUUUUUGGUGCUCGGACCCGCGACGGACGCGGCGGCGUUUCUGCAACAGCAGCCUCCGAAGCUCUGUGCGAAGGUGCAUCAUAUUUUUUUCGCCGCCGGUGCUAUCAAGUCUGGGGGCAACACGCGUCUGGUGUAUCCACCAAACUGGCGCUCGGAGCAACACGCCUUCUUUGACCCCCUCGCGGCAAACUAUAUAGUGAGCGGCGCCCACGGCCGGCCGGUGGAUCUGCUGCCAUCGGACGCCUUUCCGCAGUGGCCGAAUUCCGUGUAUGCGUCCCUCAUCACCUCGCGUGCCUACCCAUCGCCGGCGUCGUCGUCGUCGGUGGACGCCUCUGCACAGGUGGUGGCGCGCGCGUUCAUUGGCCACGCCAAGCAGUUUGGCAUAGAAAAGCUGAUGCCUGUUGAGGUGUUGGCGGCGCCGUACUUUGCUGAUGCCAUGACACGAGGCGAUGCAACCGUCGCCGCGAUGCCGGUGCUGGUCGCGAAUGGCGUCGCUAUGUCUACGGACGGCCUCAUUGGCGCGCCAAGCAGCGAGCAGCCGCAGAAAAAUGCCUUCAAAGUCAAUGUCGUUUUGCGCGUCAAGGAGGAAACCUUCUGGCCACGCCUAGAGGCCGUGGACAGGCUGAGGGGUUAG